UGUCAAUGUGUUUUCACAUCUACUGAAGGAACGACGCCUUCAUAUAACACGAUUUACUUUAUAAAUUGCGCUCAUUGUUACGGUGUUAUUAAGUUUGCGAAUAAUUGGAUUUAAAACAAACCGCCAAAAAUUUGUCUAACGGUCGGUUAUUUUAAAUUUGAAAAGUUGCGUCAGAUUUUUCCCUCCUGUGUUUAAUCGGCUUUUGUGCACCGAAAAGUGUGUGAUUAUUGGACCUACAUCAAUUAAAAAUGCAUCGCAGAUCUUCAACGUCCAUAUACACCAAAGGAGUGUGGGUGUGCAUGGCACUUACGCUGGUAAUCCAAUUAGCACAUUGUACACCAACCCAAAGGUCGCGGCCUCUUCUCUCUCACCACCUUACAAAAAGGGCAUUCGCCGAUCAACAGUGCAAAGGAGUUUACGACAAGAGCAUAUACGCACGGUUAGAUAGAAUUUGCGAAGAUUGCUACAAUCUCUUCAGAGAGCCAGAACUUCACAGUCUCUGCAAGUCCCAAUGCUUCUCCUCACAAUUUUUUACGGGUUGCUUGGAGGCUCUGCUUUUAUCCGAAGAAAGCGAAAAAUUUAAUCACAUGAUCGAAUAUCUUAAAGGCAAAAGGAAGUGAGCUCCUCACAAUAUCAGCAACCCAAAUUUGUCCUAUUAUUCUAGUCCAAUGGAAUCUCGCAAGCGAUUUGAUGUAUUAUUUAAUUUAAGUUUUUUGAAGAUUUUUGUGGUGUACCCUUUUACGAUAAACUAAAAGGAAAUGUCACUUUUCUUCUUUCUUAUUAUAAAGUACAAGUUUUUAGUUAAAUGGCGGACAAAAGUGCAAUUUUGCAAUCUAGUUAAUGUUAUAUAACGCGUCCCAUUAACACUUUCACCGUUGAGUGAAGCCUCACUCAACGCUUUCACUUUAUACACACCGUAAUGUGUAAUUAAACUCUGGGAUUCGUUAUACUCUACGGUGCUUAAUAAGUGUACAAUAGCAAUUUUACGUAAUUAGUCUUAUUUAAAGAAGAAAUGUGACUGAAAUUCAAUUUUUGGAAAAUCGUCCAAUAAUUGAUGACCAACAUCACAUGUGUAAUGAUAUUAUUUAUUAUCGUUAUUGACAUAAAUAAAAGAGUAUUAAAUUAGAAAAUAUAUUAGAAGUAGUCUUCGUACAUAGAUUUUUUACUAAGAUUCUUGUAAUUGUAAAUAUAUCAGUGCAUUAUACACAUUAUUCCAUUAUUUAUUAUUUUAUUUAAAGUAUUUCAUUUAGUCAUCGUUUCAUUUAGGCUGGUACGUUAUUAGUUCAUUUUUGACUGAUAUAUUUAUAAUGUUAGGAGAGAUUUUAUAUAUAUUAUUUAUGUUCUUUGUUAGUUUAAUACAGCGAACUGUUUGAAAACAAAUAUUAAGAGCCCCUCCCCAAUAUACAUUCCACAAUCAGUAUUUUUGUACAGAAGUUGUCAAAAUCAUAAUGUAAGAAUUAAUUUUUAUUCAAACACUGUAUAUAUAAACAAAUAUACAUGCAUAAGCAUAUGAUGUAGAAAUAACGUGCCUGUAUGAUCUACUUUUUUCCAAAAAAAAACUGGAGUAAAUGUAAAAUGGCAGCUUCGAAUAUGAAAUUAAAAUUCAAUUACAAAAGA